UUAUACCUUCGUUUCUUUGCGUCGACUCCCUAAAGAAGCUGAGAUGACUUCUUCCAACGCACUUGACUACUCUCCCAUUAUUGUUCUCUUCACAGUCAGUGCUGACAUUCUUUCUCCCAUUCCUAAAUAACGGUUCCUGCUUACUCUUACUACGUACGGAGUAUUUUUUUUAAAUGGCGGUGGGGACUAUGGCUGAGCCGAUUGAGAUAGUGAAAGCUCGCUGUGACAAGAGGGAUUACAGAAGAGUCGUUCUUGAUAACUCUCUUCAAGUUCUUCUCAUUAGCGAUCCUGAAACUGAUAAGUGUGCUGCUUCAAUGGAUGUCUCUGUAGGCUCUUUUAGUGAUCCCAAGGGUCUGGAAGGCCUUGCCCAUUUUCUUGAACAUAUGCUGUUUUUUGCAAGCGAGAAGUAUCCCUUGGAAAAUAGUUACUCAAACUACAUCUCGGAGCAUGGAGGGUCGACAAAUGCUUUUACAUCUUCUGAGCACACCAACUUUUACUUUGAUGUUAACAGUGACGGUUUUGAAGAAGCUUUAGAUAGAUUUGCUCAGUUUUUCAUCAACCCAUUGAUGUCAGCUGAUGCUACAACAAGAGAGAUAAAAGCUGUUGAUUCAGAAAAUCAAAACAACUUACUAUCAGAUGGUCACAGAAUCUAUCAGCUCGAAAAACAUCUUAGCUCAAGUGAUCAUCCAUACCACAAGUUCGGUACAGGGAGCUGGGAUACUUUGGAAGUACGUUCGAAGGAAAGAGGGUUAGAUAUAAGGCAGGAGCUUCUCAAAUUCUAUGAGGAGAAUUAUUCAUCCAACGUGAUGCAUCUGGUUGUUUAUGCAAAAGAUAGCCUUGAUAAAACCCAAAGCCUAGUACAGAAUGUGUUCCAUAAAAUCCAAAAUACUAGUAGAAGUUGUGCUAUUGAUUGUGGUCAGCCUUGCACAUCAGAGCAUCUACAGAUUCUCGUCAAAGCAGUCCCUAUAAAGCAAGGUCACAAGUUGAGCAUCAAAUGGCCAGUCACCCCUGAGCUCUUUCACUACAAGGAAGGACCUAUCAGCUAUAUAAGUCACUUGAUUGGCCAUGAAGGAGAAGGUUCUUUGUUUUACAGUUUGAAGAAGUUAGGUUGGGCUACUAGCUUAUGGGCUUCUGAAUCAGGAAGAUGCCGGUUCUUCUCUUUUUUUGAAGUAUAUAUUGAACUGACUGAUGCUGGUCAUGACCAUUUUGAGGAAAUUGUAGGACUGCUUUUCAAAUAUAUUCACCUCCUUCAAGAAAAUGGUGUCUGCAAAUGGAUAUUCGAGGAGCUCUCGGCUAUUUCUGAAACUGAUUUUCAUUAUCAAGACAAGAUUUCGCCCAUUGACUAUGUGGUUUGUAUUGCGUCCAAUAUGCGGGACUACCCUCCAAAAGAUUGGUUGGUGGGGUCUUCUUUACUUUCGAAUUUCAGCCCAGAAAUUAUUGAAACAAUACUCAAUGAACUCAGUCCACACAAUGUUAGAAUAUUUUGGCAAUCUCAAAAUUUUGAGGGACAUACAAACUCCACUGAGCCUUGGUAUGGGACUGCAUAUUCUUCUGAGAAAUUAACCGGUUCCACUAUUGAGCAAUGGAUGAAAAAUGCUCUUCUUGAAGAUUUGCAUCUCCCUGUUCCCAAUGUGUUCAUUCCUACUAAUCUCUCUCUUAAGAGUAUCCCAAACAAGAUGAGUGCUCCAUUUUUAUUGAGAAAAUCCGCUUACUCAAGAUUAUGGUACAAGCCAGAUACAUCAUUCUCUACACCAAAAGCAUAUAUUGUGUUGGACUUUAGAUGUCCCAACUGUGGAAUAUCUCCAGAAUCAUCUCUUCUUACCAACAUUUUCCUACGCUUGGUGAUUGAUGACCUAAAUGAAUACGCCUACUAUGCAGAGAUUGCUGGUCUUGGUUAUUCAGUAAAUAGCUACUAUAACGGUUUCCAGGUAUCUGUUGGUGGAUACAGUCAAAAAAUGACAACGUUGCUGGAGAAAGUAAUUGAUAAACUUCUGAACUUUGAAGUUAAACCAGAUAGAUUCUCUGUUAUAAAGGAAUUGAUGACCAGAAAAUACAAAAAUAUCAAGUGCCAACAGCCUUACGAACAAGCAAUGUACUACUGCUCAUUGACACUGCAGGAGAAAAGUUGGUCUUGGGAUCAUGAACUACAAGUCCUUCCUUCUCUUGAUGUUGAUAGUCUCUCUAGAUUCUACCCUUUGCUGCUGUCAAGAACUUUUCUAGAAUGCUAUGUAACAGGAAAUGCUGAAUCAAAUGAAGCAGAGUCAGUGAUCCAACGCAUUGAAGAUUUACUUUACAAGGGACCACAUCCCAUCUCCCGGGCUUUGUUUGCAUCUGAGCAUUUGACAAGCCGAGUCAUUGAUCUUGCACAAGGCACACAGUAUUUAUACUAUACAGAGGGACUAAAUCCAAGUGAUGAAAAUUCGGCCUUUUCACAUUAUAUUCAGGUUGGCCUUGAUGAGUUUGAGCUGAAUGUAAAACUCCAACUUUUUGAAUUGAUAGCAAAGCAACCGGCCUUUGACCAACUGAGGUCUGUUGAGCAGCUCGGUUACAUUACUUCACUUUCUCGGAGGUAUGAUUCUGGAGUUCGCGGGUUGCAAUUUAUUGUCCAAUCAUCUGUUAAGGAUCCUAGCUAUGUGGAGUCCCGAGUUAGGGAGUUUCUUGCCACAUUCAAGGGUAAGCUGUCAGAGAUGUCCAAUGAUGAAUUUAAGAACAAAGUCAAUGCACUUGUUGAUGUGAAGCUUGAAAAGUUUAAGAAUCUAGGAGAGGAGACUGAUUAUUUCUGGUGGGAAAUUUCUGGCGGAACUUAUAAGUUCAAUAGGGUAGAAAUGGAGGUUAAAGCACUGAAGCAACUGACCAAAGGGGACUUGAUUGGUUUCUUCGAUGAGUAUGUCAGUGUGGAUUCUCCUAAGAGAAAGACAUUGAGCGUGCGAGUCUAUGGCAGCUCUCAUUCAUCAGAGUACAAAGCCGAGAAAUGUGAGUCUGCAGGCCCCAACUUUGUUCACAUUGAGGAUGUUUUCAGUUUCAGGAGAUCUCGCCCUCUGUAUCCCUCAUUCCAAG